AUGAAAUGCUGAAAAGACCAAUGUGAAAAUAAGUUGGAAUUUGUUUGCCCAUGCGCAAAUCCUCCUGUUUAUUCAUGUGAUACACAUAUUAGUACCCAUAUUAAAACUGCGUCUCGAUCUAGGCAUCUUCCAGAUCCCUUAACAAUUUCACCAAAUCCAGAAACAAAAAGAGCUCUUAUUGAUUGUCUUCACAAGUCGCUAUCAGAUUUAUAUGAAUUAAGGAGAAAAACUGUUUUAGAUCUUACAAUGCAAAUUAAGCAAAUUAACGAGAAAAUGAAAAUUGCAUUGGAAUCAUUUGACGAAUUUAUAAAAAAUCAACGCAAAAUAAUUUCUGAAAUACAGAUAGUAGAAGUAAUAUCAAAUUCCAGAAAAACUCAAAUAAAUAAAAUACUGGCUGCAGAGCCAGAAGAAGCAAUUAACCUUCUUAAAGGUUCUUUUGAUAUUUUUGAUAGAUUCAACUUCUUUAUAGACGGUGUAGGAAUAUUAUCAAAAAUAGAGCCUUUCAAAAAUGAAUCAAAUAGAUUUAUUAUUUUCCGCGAUGCCUCCAAAAAAAUUGUGAAAACAGAUUUAAAUAAUAAUUACUCAUCAAUUGAAUUCAAUAUCUCAUUGAACAGUCGACAAAGUCAAUAUACAACUAUGUGUAUUAUUCCUGGAAACUCAGUUUUUUGCUAUGGAAAUUAUCCUCAGGCUGCAAGUACUGCAUUUAUUAUUGAUUUGAAUAAUAAUGUUAAGAAAGUAAUUAAUGUGGAUAAUAAGCUGGGUCUCAGUGGUUCGAUUUAUUAUAAUAACAGUGUUUAUGUUUUUGGGGGAUACACGGGGCAUUUUUAUGUAAAUAAUGCGUAUAGAUAUGCAUAAUUACACAGAAAAAGUGCUUUCUUUAGAAGUAAAAAACUUAAUAAAGGCUUAUUAUAAAACAGAAUACUACUAUUUUUUAGAAAAUAAAUGAGAAAACCUAAAUCCUUUGCCAGUUCAAUCCUCGUUUGUAUCAUGCAUUGCUAAAAACAAUACAAAAACUUAGAAUAUUUACUUCCAACUACUAAAAGAGUGUUAAUGAUUUGGCUAAUAGAUUUUCCUUUUCAAGUAUUUCCUCAAAUGCCGAGGCAUAGAAGCAAGAUCUUCAGCUGACAUUAAGAUUUUACUAUCUGGCAGAGAGCACUCAAAGAUCUAUUGCUAUGAUAUUAUUCAAAAUAGUUAUAUUGAGCUGCAUGACAUUCAAGCAGGAAUAUGAAGAAAAAUUAUAUGCGAAAAUAAUAAAAAUGCUUAUGUGAUAGAAGCAGGUGGAUACAUUUAUGAAGGAAAUCAGGAAUGAAAAGCCUGGAGCACAAUAGGCAGUUCAGAAACUGAAAAUACCGACUUAAUUGGAUGCACAGUUUUAUGGCAAAAUAAAGUUUAUUUUGCUUUUUGUGGAUAUAAUUUAUAUGAAUUUGAUAUGAAAAAAAAGAAAUGCAAAAAAAUAAAAACUAUUUAA